AUGUCGCUGAGGAAAAACUCGCCCGUGUCGGUCGCAGCCGCCGCCGGCGACGAGGCUGUCCGAAAGUACGGGCGCGCGGCGUGGCUCGAGACGCCGCGGCUGCUCUUCUUCCACGAGCUUCCCUCCUGGCAGCAGGACAACGAGCACAUCCUCUCCAGCUACAGGCCGACGUCGGGCUCGGCAUGGAAGUCUGUGACCUCGCUGCUCUAUCUCAACAACCAGACUGUCAACACGUAUUCGCAUCUCAUCGGGGCGCUUGCUUUUCUGCUGCUCCCGUUUUACUUUUACAACGACGUGUUUCUGCAACAGCCAGAGGGCCGCAAGGAGGACGUGCUUGUUGUGUCAAUCUACUGCUUCGGUGUCGCCGUGUGCUUCAUCUUCUCAACCAUCUUCCACACCUUGUGGAAUCAUAGCCAUGCUGUAUGCCGCUUCUGCAACAAGCUCGAUUACCUGGGCAUCCUCGUCCUCAUGUGGGGCGCAGGCAUCCCAACAAUCUACUACGGCUUCAUAUGCAAUCACACCUUGAGGGUUGUGUACUGGACAAUGACCUCGAGCACAGCACUCUGCUGCAUGAUCUUCACCCUCACCCCGGCCUUUGUCACGCCCCAAUACCGACACAUACGCGCCAGCUUCUACGCCGGCUUUGGUCUGAGCUCCAUCAUCUUUGUUGCACACGGACUCCUGCUUCACGGAUGGGAGCUUCAAAAGUCGCGCAUGUCCCUAGUGUGGAUGGGCUGGAUGGCAACCGCCAAUCUCGUCGGCGCGGCCAUCUACGCUGCAAGAAUUCCCGAAAGAUGGGUUCCCUAUACCUUUGACAACUUUGGCGCAAGUCACCAGAUCCUUCACAUGGCCGUCAUGGUGGCUGCCUGGAUCCAUUUCCGCGGCUUGAUCGAGGCCUUUCACAUUAUCCGGUCGCAACACAACAUUUGCGGCACAGUAUAG